AUGGACCCUUCCAAAGCAGCGUCGAGUAAUGUGACCGUCGAAUAUACGGAUCCUUCUGGCCUGUUUCCUGUCGUCCAGCCGAUCAUCGAGUCGAAACUCCCCCUGAAGAACCUUCACUGGAAGUCUCCAACUCGUCCCGUUCGAUCAAUCGAAUCACUCCGCAUCGGCUUCUCGCCCGCGCACCCAGAAGCCAGUGAGCGGAAAUCCUCUAGCGAUGCCACGGGGGCAAUUCCACACCGCCGACAUCAAAUUCCUGGCUUGCGACAGACACCCUAUCUCAAAAUCUAUCUCCUCCGAUGCGACGAUAAUGACACCUACAAGGCCACGGCUCGAAAGACACUCCGUGAAUGGAUCAAAGCGCAGGGGUCUUCAAGCACAUCUCAGCCAACGGGCAGUGGCCAGGAGAAACACGAUGCAUUCGAGUGGCUGAUUCUGCAUGUGGUGCAAGAUGGCGACGGUGUGGAUAAGACCCCUGCGCCUACCUCCAAAUGGGGCCGCAGCACCAGUACCGUCCUGGAGAAGAUCAAAGCGGAUUUCAAUGGAUCUUCAAAAACUGCGAUUGACCGUGUUGCACAGCUACGACUCCCGAAAGAGGGAACUCCCACCAAGUCUCCGGAUUUUGCCGACCAACUAGAAGACCUGAUCGAUAAGGUGAAGAAAGGCAUAUUGGCUUCUUUUGACCUCCGCGUGGCGCAGUACGAGGAAGAUAUCAAAGAAAAGGACUCGCAGCGAAGUCUACCAGGGUGGAAUUUCUGCACAUUCUUCAUUUUGAAAGAAGGUCUGGCCCGAGGCUUCGAAAAUGUGGGCCUUUUCGAGGAUGCGCUCCUUGGCUACGAUGAAUUAUCCAUUGGGCUUGAUGCUGCCAUCCGAGAUCAACUGCAAGAUAACGGUGAAAAGCACGGCAAUGCCCUUCUGUCCUCUAGCAAAAUUUGGGUGGAAAGGGCGAAAAAUGUGCUGGAGUCCGGCGACCCAACUGAUGAUCCUGACGCGGAUGAAGAUCCUCUCAAGGCGAUUCAACCUGAGGAUUACCCGCUCAGCUCCACGAAGCUGCCUUAUCGAGAGAUGAUUCUCGCCAGUGACAUUUCAAUUUUCGAUUUCCGUACCUACAUUUUCUCUCGACAGCUUACCCUGCUUCUUCGGGCUGCAAGGGCUCCAUGCUUGACUGGUAAUGAAACUCAACCCCGGGACAAGAAACCAGAAGAUCUCAUUGUACUUUCUGAGAUUUGUGCUCGAUCCUCUGACUUUAUCACCCUUGCUGCGCGAACUCUUCGUUAUGGCCUAGAAUGCGGACUUGCCGAUGUGGAUCAUGAGGCCAAGGCAGAUACCAUUAACAACCUUGUGUCCUCCUGGGCAUAUGCGGCAGCAUUACAAAUUCUCCAUCAAACAUUCACCUCGCACCUCGCACUACCUGAAUCUUCUCUUCAUGGUGUGACACAGAAUAACGAUACACCCAGCUCCACUGUAUCGGCAGCCGAGACUCGUUCUGAUGUGCCUCGUCGGUCAAGCUCCCUAAUUUCCUCGUCUAAUACCCGUCCUAGUCGUGCAAUGACCCAGGAUCUUUCUGAUACUGUCGGACUUCUGCAGCGACGUUUAACCCUUGAUCAUCCGAAGCCAGCGCCUGGUCCUGCUCCAAAGACUGGCUCUGAGCAAUUGGCCUCUGGGAGAGGAGAGCUUUUCUUACUGGCGCGUCGCUGCCUUGAAGAAAUUGCCCAGCGUCGGGGGUGGUCCGAGAAAUGGACCGAUCUUGCGCUGCUGUUUGAUGACAGCCACCGUUCCAAAGCGGGUGGUCUGUCUGAGGUCUCUUUGGACGAGAAUGACGCCUCCAAACUGGACUCCGAUUGUGAAACCGUGCAGCAAGUAUCUCUUCGGGGCAUUGAACUUCGGGCUCUAAAAGCAGGGCUGAAGUCCAAAGCUGCGUAUUUGUCCCUCUAUGAGGACCUUACCGAUCACAUUAUCCGUCAUCAUAUCGUGGCGAACCGGACUAACUCUGCUGAGACAGCAUUAGCUGAAAUUGCCAUCCUACGUUACCGACAAGCUAACUACGAAGCUGCCGCUUCUUAUUUCCACCAGAUGGCCCCGUUCUAUGGCAGUAAACUCUGGGUGGUUUUGGAGGGAAGCAUGCUAGAGCUGUACGCGCGAUGCUUGAAAGAACUAAAAAGAAAUGAAGACUUUGUUCGGGUGAUGCUAAGACUUCUGGCCAAAUUCGCCGCGUAUGCGCAGUCGAAGUUGUCUGUCAGACAGCGAGCCCUGUCUACUCCACCUUCAAUCUUACAGCUGGAGCAAUUGGCUGGUUAUGUCUCUGAUCUUUUCCAGGGUGCUCAAUCUCUACAAAAGGAUGUCACGGCUUCCAUGCUUGAAUUCUUUACGGACCUGCGUGUUGACCCAGCGAUUCGGUUCUAUGAUGAUAAGGACGGGUUUCAGAUCCAACUGUCUUUGCGGUUUCUUCUUGGUCCUCAAAUUGAGAUUGACUCGAUUAAAGUCCGUCUAGUCAGCGCCAACGGCUCGCAGACUGCAGAGCAUUGGAUUGAAGCCUCGGGACAAUUCCUGGUCAAGUCGUCGAUGACGAAGGUCCUUAUUGACUCUUCGACCACGUUGCAAGGCAAAUACUAUGUCGAUCGGCUCGAGAUGAAGUCUGGUAAUAUUAUCUUCUCUUUUAGCAGUGGUCAACACCCAGCCCUUCCCGUUGGCUUCCGAGAAACCGAUGAUGAUGAAGAAGCUGAUCGACGACCGUAUAUCUACUGUUACCCUCCUCCCCAAGGCUUACAGGUAAAGGUCGUCUCGCCUCACCUGAUCGACCUUGAAGCUAUGCGUACGUUGGAGCUGGAACUAAAUAGCGGACGCAAUGACAUCAAGAACGGCACGAUCCGCGUGCGGCCAGCUACGGCUGGCUUGCGACUGCGUAUCGCAGAGACAGAAAUCGUGGAUGGCAAACUUGAAGUCACCGCGAAUAAUGACUCUGGCAUUAUUGAAUUCGCUCAACUUCCGCCACAAUCUUUCGUCCGCCUACGUAUUCCCUACACUGUGGAGGAGACUUUUACCACACUUUCUGCACGCACGGAAGUUGGAUAUGAGACCGAACAGGGCCGAUUCGGGUUUUCGUCCAUGCAUAGUAUUGUUGCCACGCUGCCUAUAUCGGUCAACGUGCAGGACAUUUUCAAGGACGAGUUACUCUUCUCGCGUUUCACAAUCAGCCCCGCUAUGCUGAUCCCGCUGCGGAUCACAAAUUGCAACCUGCCUAGCUCUGACAUUUAUGAGGUGCAUUCGAGCAUGACAGGCCCAGUGGCUCUAGACGUUUUCCCCAAACAGCCGGCUUCCCUCGUUUACAAAAUCCGUCCGUCGGGUAACACGGCCACGGCUCCUGCGAAGCAGCGCAACCUGCGCCUGCGCGUGGACUUUACCUGCGUGGAUGAUGAAUGUCUUGAUGCGGUUGAGAAACGCUUUGUUUCAGCCAUCCAAUGCAGUCCGUUUAACCAGUAUUCUACACUCCUCACGUCGCACAUUGUGAGCGCCUUCCGGUCCCAGCUUUCUAACGCCGAUAUGGAAGUUAUCGGUCUCGUUCGAGAGGUUGAGAUGCUGUCAUAUAACCGUAUUCGCUGGGAGGAAUUGUUGGGUGCACUAAAGGAACGUACGGAGGAUGUACGCCAGUGGCUGAAAACAUGGCAUGAGACCAACCCAAUCAUCCGGCUCCCAACACAGCCCUCCAUUCCCACCCGCAGCAUCAUGAUCCCCGUCGAGAUCCCUGAGAUCCAAGUGGUACACACGGCCGAGCUACAGCUCCUCCCCAACGCCGAUGGCUCGAAUCCUGGCUCCUCCCACGCGGCCGUGGGCCAGAUGAUCUCGGCGGAGCUUUGUCUCCGCCACACACGCCGAUGGUGCCCCCCCGCAAACCAGGAACACGCCGGCCAGCCACUCGAAUGCUCAUACGAGUUGCACGCCAACCCGGAGCUUUGGCUCCUUGGUGGACGUCGGCGGGGUAAUUUCCUUGCUCGCGACGGCGAGACCACCCGCUUCACUGUUCUUUUACUUCCUCAGAAACCCGGCCAUCUUCUCCUUCCGGGCUUGGAGAUCCGGACUUUCACCCCAACGCCCCAGCAGCAUACUCUGUCUCCGGCUGCCACGGAUCCGGCGACUGGCGCUCCCGCUGCUGCCGCGCAGCGUCGGCCCAUUCCCUCCGAGGUGGACUAUCGCAAUCAUGGCGAGACUGUGCUUGUGCUGCCGGAUCUGCGCAAAACAACUGUCAGUCUCAGCGCAUCGGGCAGUCCGGGCGGGUCGUCCUGGCUCGUUGAUUCCGAACGGCGAGCAGAGGUCCACUAG